AUGUGGGAGGACAUCCUGAACGACUACAGGCUCUUUUCCUUGGGCCACUAUACGAGAGAUGACCUGAACGAGCUGUAUGGUCUGGGUCCAGAGGUGCUCGAAUACUUGCUAUCCCACUCCAGUGAUUGGAAGGAGGAGAUAGAAUUCGUCGAAGGUUAUACUGGCCUCAUGUAUGCCCGCCUCAGCCGUGAGACCAACCGAAGACUGAGACUGCUUCUUGCAGUGGUCAACAACUCGGGCCUCGGCCUGGUCAUUGCUGAACGCGAGUUCAUCCAAGGUUCGGCCAAUAUGACGCCUUCGAGACUGCUGGAGUUUGGACGCAGGUUCAGGUUGGAUUUUGAUCGAUUCGGGAAUUAUCUCUCCUAUAGAUAUAGGAUUGAUAAUGGCCUGCAUGUACGUCCCAUGGCAGAUCCAUUCGAUUAG